AUGGAGUCCGUCAACCAAUUCUUCCGCCGCCGCAACAUGCACCGCGUGAACAAGCGGCAGAACGCUGGAGGCAGCGACUGUCCAAAGUUCGCCCUCACUUGCGACAACAACCCGACGUCGACCGCGGCUCAGCAGACGACUGCUGAUGCUGCCCCUACUCCCGACUCGACCACCAGCGCUCUGCCGACUUCGACCGUCGCUGCCCCCGCGGCGCCGACGACGACCUCGGCUUCGCCCUCCCCGACGAGCACGUCCGACUCUACGUCUGCUACCCCAGCUUCGACCACAGAGUCCUCCACUUCGUCCACGACAACUUCUUCAGAGACUUCUUCUAGCACGACCUCUUCAAGCUCAGCCGCGCCCUCCUCGACUACCGCGGCAUCUGUCGCAGCUCAGACCAGCCUGACCAACACCAUUGCCUCGGCCACUGCCGCCGCCGCUGCCGCCGGUACCCAGACCGCUGUCGUCGUUCUCCAGACAAGUUCGGCUUCUGUUGCGGCAUCUAGCGCCAGCUCCUCGUCGAACCCCAACACGAGCGGUGGUACCAGCACCGGUGUCAUUGUCGGUGGUGUAGCUGCAGCUGCUGUCGGUGUCAUCGGUAUCCUCAUUGCCAUCUGGUACUUCGUCCGCAAGUGUCGCAACAACGAUGACGAAGCCUUCGACUGGAAUGCCGACCAGGCCCGCCGCCAAUCCCGCAUGAUCGAGGACGACGUCCUCUCGAGCGAGCCGACUGCUCCCAGCAUGUUCGCUCCCACCGCCGGCAGCAUGCGUCCGCCCACGAUGAUCGAGCGCCACGUUAACAACGCCAGCCCGAUGCUCGCGCGUCAGCGCUCGAUGGGCGCCGGCGCAUACGGUCAAGAGGAAAAGUACGGCGCGUUUGACUACGGCGCGUACGGCAACAACAACAUGGGUUACCAGGCGACCCCGGAGGAAUUUGCGAACCUUCCGCCCCACAACGCUUAUGCCAGCCCGUACGCGCAGGCCCCCAUGGGCUCGCCUGUCAGCAGCACUGUCCCGAGCUACGACACGUACGGCAAUGAGCCGCCCUCUGCGCCCACGCCCGCACUCAUGCGCGGCCCUUCGAUGGGCCAGGGCGCCAUGAUCCACCGCGCGGCGAGCCAGAGCCAGAGUGCGCAGGUCACUCGCAACCCGAGUGUCAUGAGCCACGGCGGGGAGGACUACGCCGACCUCUCCCGCUCGAGCGUCACGCCUUUCCAGGCGCAGACAUAUGCUGAGAUCCACGACCGCCUCGGCCCCGUCGCCGAGGAGCCGCGUGUGCCAGCCGCAGCCGCCAUCCCUGGCGUCGCUGCUGCCGCUGCCGCGCACCCGCAGAACACCUCGACGCCCUUGCCGGAGUACCAGCAAGCGGCGCCGCGCGGGAACCCGGCGAACCAUAACGACGGCAAGCGCCCCGAUACCGUCUACAGCGCGAUGUACGACGACGAGGACGCGUACGGUGGCAUGUAA